GUCUAUUUGGGGUUAGAAUAGAAUAGGAAUAGAAUUGCAAAGGGAGGAGGACGCAGAGCCGCCUCGAUAAGAAACCUCAUAUCUUUUUCUUUCUAGGGUUCCUGGUUACCCACGCCGAGCAUCUCCCACCGGCACGACGACCCCUGGAGGUCACUUCUCUCUCUGUGCGUGUUGCUUGUGAGGAGCCUCUUGUAAGUCAUCAUGGUGUCUUCAACUCCUUGCAGCACCGACACAGACUUGUUUGAUUCCAGAACCCAUCUUCAUGAGUAUGAUAACCCUUUCUUCUCCAGAAAGAGGCUGAAGAUGUCACACAGAUCCGUGGGCAGUUAUGACGGAGCUCCAUCUUCCAUGGAGCAAAACCAGAGCCUGUUCAGAGGCUUGAAUGAAGGUCACACGUCUUCAUCAUGCUCCAAUUGCGAUGGAGAAAUUGGCUCACCUUCUGUGACGGAAAUGAGCUGUCAGUCUAAUGGCAAUAGUGGCAAUAUUCCACAGCCUUGUGAUGUUGGAGGGACUACAUACCAGGACAAGACGUGCGCAGGAUAUGCUCCCUCUGUAUUUGUGAGUGGAUGGAUGUAUGUCAAUGAACAAGGCCAGAUGUGUGGCCCUUAUAUUCAGGAGCAGUUGUAUGGGGGUUUAUCUACUGGGUUCUUGCCGGAGGAGCUUUCUGUGUAUCCCGUCGUAAAUGGGACUAUAAUUAACCCCGUGCCAUUGAAAUACUUCAAGCAGUUUCCUGACCAUGUUGCCACUGGCUUCUCGUAUUUAACUGCAAGUGUCCCUGGAGUAAAUGGGCCUACAAAUUGUUUUCCGGUUUCUGAUAGUGGUUUGCUAUCAAAUGGACAAGCUUUUGUUGCACCGAUAGCCGUUGAUUCUAACUCACAGUCUACAUCCCAAACAUGUGUCAACUACAAUGAUUAUAGCUCCACACAGCAGAUGCCAAACUCUGAACCAGCUAGCUUGACUGCAUCUUAUGCACCACCGUCAAUUGAAGAAUCCUGUUGGCUCUUAGAGGAUGAUGAAGGGAACAAACAUGGGCCUCACUCUCUCACAGAACUCUAUUCUUGGCAUCACUACGGAUAUCUUAGGGAUUCAGUAAUGGUAUAUCAUGCUGAUAAUAAGUUUGGCCCCUUCACCUUGCAAUCUAUAGUAAGUACUUGGAGAUCAUCUGGUUCUGGAACUGUCUCUGUAUAUAAUGUCGAAUCAAAUGAUACUGGCUUUUUAUCAAGCUUCCUGUCUGAAGUUUCUGAAGAAGUUUGCUCCCAACUACACUCUGUAAUCAUGAAAGCAUCUCGUAGAGUCAUGCUUGAUGAGAUUAUAAGUCACAUAAUAGCUGAGUGUGUUUCUAUGAAGAAAACCGACAGGCAUCUUAAGUUUGAAGUGGCCAAUCAAGCUGUUAAAUCUGGCUCUCUGGAUGGAAAAAUGCCUGAAAAUUUCGAAGGGAGGAAUGACUAUGCUGCUUCUGGGAGUGAAGCAGCAGUUUCCAGUAAAGUUUCUGACCAGAAAUGUCUUACUAAUGGAAGUCCUACAAAGCCCCCCUCAAGCAUGAAAUCUGUUGGAAGUUCUGAGAACAUUUGGAGUGCAUAUUUAGCUGUCUAUAGAGUGUUGUUUGAUUCUUGUAUGCAAGUCAUGUGGAAUGCUGUCUUUUAUGAUCCUAUAGUGGCAUAUUCUUCUGCCUGGAGAAAGAGAAAAAUUUGGUCUGGUCAUAGUAUUGCUGUUGAACAGCGCAUUCGAUGGACAGGAUAUGCUGGGAAGAUUGAAAAAAUACCUGCUGAACCUUUUCAAUCAGAACCUGAAUCUUCUGCUUGUGAGUUCGAUUGUCCCCCUGGUUUCGAAAGAAUGGCACCUGAAAUGCAUCUCCCCUUACCUAUGGUUUCUUCAUCUUUAUUUGGGGAAGAAGAGUCAUCUAAACAGGGCCUAUUAGACACUGAUGAAGAUCAUGAUGACAUGGUAUACAUUCUGGAAAGUGUAGAGAAUGAUCUCCAUUUAUCUGCAAAGAUGUCUUUAGUUCAAUAUUUCAGCACUUUUGUUGAGGAGGAAGUGAGGAAACAAAUUGACACUUCAGAAAAUGGUGAACCAAUUGAGGUAACUGUUGGCUCUUCUGUUCACCACAUUAUUCCCGGGAGUCCUGAUGCAAGUAUACAUACUUCUGAUGAUUCUCCAACUCCAUCAGAAUCAGCGAAACCAUUUAAUCAGGCUACCAUUCCUGUAUAUGAAAAUUCUCUGUCUAAUUUUUUGUCAAAUGCAUUUGGUAUACUUUGCAAGCAUGCAGAUGAUGUGGUAAAUGACCAAGAGAUUGAUGAGUUGCUCCCACCUGGAUUUGAGGACAAUUCUAGCCCACCUGUUCCAUCAGGGACGCAUAAAUUUCGACCCUCCAGGCCAGACGAGUGCAUUCCGAAGAUUGGAGAAUAUGUCUCCAUGGCAAUGUGUCGGCAGAAGUUGCAUGAUGAAAUACUUAGAGAGUGGAAAUCAUUGUUUGUUGACACUGCUCUUCGCGAGUACUUAUUAUCAUGGCGUUCUUCAAAGGCACACUGUAAAUCCGUUACUAGUGAGGACGGAGCACGCCAGACAAUUAAGGAAAAACUUGAUGAUUCUUCUGCGGUACUUGAUAAACCUAGGGAAAGGUCAAGAAAUUGUCACAGUUCAGGCCCUUCAGAGGAAACUUUGGUGUUCAGGAAUUAUACAUAUUAUCGCAAGAAGAAGUUGACACGUAGAAAGUUGGGAUCUUUGUCUCAGUGUGCAACUUCAGGGGAUGUUGGGUUACGAAUUCAAUGUGUCGAGAAGCCAAGGAAACAGGAUACUUCUAGAAAUGUGUCUGAGACCGCAGAAGUUGAACCUGUUAUUGUGAAUCAUCAAAAACUUCGGCGAAAUAUUUGCCAUACCAAAUCAUCUGUUGAUGCUACUAUGCACGGGGAUCGCUUAUCCCGUAAUAAAGAUGGUUGGAAAUCAGUGAAGGCUGCUCAUGCAUCUCAAGUUAAUGAGGUCAGAGGAGAUGAUUCAAAAUGUAGCAAGGAGAGUGUCGCACUUUCCUCAGAGGGACCUGAUGAUGUUGAGACGGUUGCUAGUAAAAAAUGCAAAGAUGUUGAAAGUCAGGAGGUGCUCGCUGCUAAGUGCUCCAAAAAGUCACCAAAAUUAAAUAAGGUAGCAAAUCUGAAAAGGAACCAUUCAAUGGAUGAUUUGCCGCCAGUGCGCUCUAGAAAGGUUUUGAAACUAGCAAAUAGUGCCGCCAAGCCAGAAGCACGUAAACAAGUUGGUACACAAAAGAUCAAGACCAGUAGAUCCAAAAUGUCUAAUCCUUGCCCCAUAUCUGAUGGAUGUGCUCGAUCGUCAAUCAGUGGUUGGGAAUGGCAUCAAUGGUCAUUAAAUGCAAGUCCUGCUGAAAGAGCUCGUGUUAGGGGAAUUCGUGGUCCUCAUGCUCAAUAUAUUGGUUCCAAGAUUAAAUCAUCGCAGUCUUCAAAUUUUAAGGGCCUUUCAGCAAGAACAAACAGGGUGAAGCUGCGCAACCUUCUUGCUGCUGCGGAGGGUGCUGAUCUUUUGAAAGCUACUCAGUUAAAGGCAAGGAAAAAGCGUUUACGUUUUCAGCAAAGCAAGAUACAUGAUUGGGGGCUUGUUGCACUGGAGCCAAUUGAGGCAGAAGAUUUCGUCAUUGAAUAUGUUGGAGAACUAAUUCGUCCUCGUAUAUCUGAUAUACGUGAACGUCAUUAUGAGAAGAUGGGAAUUGGCAGCAGUUAUCUUUUUAGACUAGAUGAUGGCUAUGUGGUUGAUGCUACAAAGCGUGGUGGGAUUGCUAGAUUUAUAAACCAUUCUUGUGAGCCUAACUGCUAUACCAAGGUUAUAAGUGUUGAGGGUGAGAAAAAGAUUUUCAUUUAUGCAAAACGGCAUAUUGCUGCUGGCGAAGAAAUUACUUAUAAUUACAAGUUUCCACUUGAGGAGAAAAAGAUUCCCUGCAACUGUGGUUCCAGGAGGUGUCGUGGAUCAAUGAAUUGAGAAGUAAUCUGAGUUACCAAUCCUGGUCAUUUUUUUGGCGCAUGUUGUGAAGUUGAUAAAUUUUUGUAUAGCUUUACAGCAAACACUUGUCAAGCUAGCUUUCCUCGAGUUUACAGUGCGCUAUUGCUCAACAGUUUUGCUAUCGGAUGUCGCGACUGUUAAAAAAGGAAGAUGAAUGAGUUGCAGCAGAUAUCACUGGAUGCUUUUAUCAUCAUUUGUCGUGGUUGCAGUUCUUGAUAGAGCAACAUGAUGUGAUUAUGGUGAUGCUUUUGCAGUGGUAUUUUUGCCUACUUGUCAAAGAGAUGAAUUACAGACUCGUGUGCAUAUUCUUGUAGAUACCUCUCGGUUGCAGAUGAGUUUCUCCUCUAUAAAAACUGUAAAUCGGUUUAUCAUUUUCUUUUGCUUUCGUUGCAUUUUGGGAAUUUGAUACUAUGUACAGACUUGUCUUAAUUCUUCAUUCUUUAAUAUAUAAUAUAGAAAUUUGUUCUUUUUCAGCA